UUCGAGGGGUGGGCGGGACUUUCGGGUUGCAGCUACGCCUACGAGCAGCACUCGCAGUUGGACCCCGCGGAACUGUUGCUGUCGCAGUACGAGUACAGCGAUGAGGAGUACGAGCAGAGCCCCAUGCGGCCUCUGUCCCCCGCCGCGCACUCACCGGCGCAUCUCCGCCGGUCUCGGAGUGCCACGCCGUUGGUCGGAGCAGGAGGAGCAAACGGCUUUGGUGGCUUCAAUUCAGCAUUCAGUCGAAGGUCCCCAUCACAGUCGGCGCGCAGCAGCACGGGCACAGGAGGUAUCAUGCGUGGAGGUGGAACAACAGGUGCUGCAGCCGGUUAUUCUUCUUUCCAUGAUGCACCAGCCGGGCCAACGUGGUCUCUGCCUGCCCACGCAGCCUCGUCGCCCGCGAUUUUGGUCCACAACGAGUUGCAGCACGGCAGAGUAUCAUCUUCAACUAGUACUACCGGAGGCCAAAAUCACAAUACUGCGUCUGAAAAUCAUCAUCCACAGCUUCCCGCCACACCCCGUGCUUUUCCGGUGGUUCGUGACGCUGUGUCUGCGCAGGAGAAGACAUUCUUCGCGAAAAGAACCCGGAGCAGUCUGGAGCGAGCGGAGUUUCUGGCGCGGGAGGGUGCGAACCGAAAAAAGGAAGCUGCCGGCGACGAGCAGGGUAGUAGGUUUCCUUCGCCAUUUCACUUCUCUGCGGACGACGGCGAUGAAGAAGUACCAGAUCAGCAUCAGGACUAUCGCUUUGAUAGCGAAAAUAAGGACCCCUCGCAGGAGCCUCCAUCCUGUUCCCUCCUACAGAUGAAGCCGAAGUGCACACUUUUCGCAAACCAGCGCUUCAUCCACCCAGCGAAGGCGAGGACCAAGAAGCGGCAGGCAAAGACCACCCGCUGCAUUGACGACGUGUUGCCGGUGGCGAAAGCCCUGUUCGAACGCAUCCGGGCGGAGCGGGUUAUGUAUUGCAAAUAUGUCUGGGUCUGGAAGGAUGCGAACUUGUGAUGCGCAUUUCACAACACAGACAAAUCUCUCAUGCCUAGGCAGCAAAAGGCGCCCACUUCUUGUCACCAAAAUGGGGGAUUUGUCAUUCGGAUUAGGCAUUGCGAAACCUUCUCGAAACCUGUGAUGCUAGGGCUUCCGUGCCAGACCUUCUGUGUCAUGCAAAAACAGCAUGACAUCUUCCAGACCCAGACAUUUUUGCAUUUGAUACGGGUGCGGCAGAUGCAUUUUUUGCGGAAAGACCAGUACAUUGUGCUCCACUUCAAAAUCGACCGGGAGACCAGGUCCCCCUUCUUCAUCUUUGCUUCCGUAUUGCCCGAGUCCGAAGUGAUCGCGCACAGCUGUCCUUUGCCCACGCUGCUGGAGAAUCCGGUUGUGUACCACCAGAGCGUCACCGGAAGGAAAGAUGGAGGUGGUCGUGGGGACGAUGGUGGUAGUGCGAUUGGAGGGAGCACGGGUACUAGUUAUUUCGAAGAUGAUUGCGGCACAGGAACAAAGAAAACGCGGCUGAUAAACAAAGCAGGAGGUGUUUCGAGCCCCCCUGACACUGACAGGAUGAUUGGCGGCCAAAAAAAAGCAGGACUGAACAGUGCCAACAGCAAACGAAACAAAGAGCCGGAACAACCAGGAAAGAACAAGCCAAAGUCGGGGCUGCACGUGGCUGACCAAGCGCAAACCGCCGGCGGUGCACGGAGCUCUGGGCCUGUAGUUUCGGGUUCCACAUCAACCCCCCGAGGAGCUGCAGAUGAAACAACAGAAUGUAGUAGUUCAGCAGCGCGCAGCCGAAUGAUAAGCGCAGACAGCAUCUCGCUCGCCGCCCAGAUUGAGCAGCUUAAGCAAAGGAAACAGGAGUUUAUGACCAAUCCGGUCGACGCAUUUCUCCAAAACAACAAUCCUGAGCUCGCUCUUAAUGCCGAUAGAAGCGGUAAUUCAGCAGGCCGCGCAGGUUUGUGUUCGGCAAAGUUUCCGUCUUCGUCUUCUAGCAGCGCACAACGACCUCGACCCGCGUCGUCGGGUAAUAGACAAAAAGGAACGAAGACAACUACAGCAACAGUUGCAGGUGAAAACCAGCAUAACCCACACGUGAAGACCGAAGCCGCUGGCAGUACUGUUGAUCAAGGUGCUAUUAACGGAGGUGGUCACCACAACUAUCACCACCCCGAGCCGAGGGAGAACAAAAUGGCGAAUUUUCUACUUGGCGGCGUGGUCCAUUUGUCUUCCGGACGGCGGCUGCACCUCCGUCGCGAGGACCCAAUCGGCGCGAGCGCGGACGCGAAAGUGCGAAAACACGAGAAGCGGCACUACAUGACCCCGAAGAACAAAAAAGGCGGUCAAAGUGAAAAUGAUGUGUUGUCCACAACUACUGGCGUGACUACUACAAAAGGAGACGGGAUGAAUCCCCGACUACCACCUAGUAUCGGUGGGUUCGGGAAGAUCAUCGUGCACACGGCAUCGGGGAGAGACUCCGAGCUGUUUUCGUCCGACGAGAGAACCAGUACCAGAAUCAGUAGUGGUGGAGGUGGAGGUGGUGGUAAUCAGAAAGGCAUCAAGAAAAAUCCUCCUUCCUCCGCAUCCGGAGCUGUAACUACAGCAUCUGCCACUUCGCAGUACAAAGUCAACUCGGCCAGCGCCCGGGGUCCUCGGGCAACUAGUACAUUGCAACUGACGACCUCUGUCGUUCCACCAGGUCGUGGAGCAGCUCCUGCAGUAGCUGCGAGCACGCGGCCGUCAGCGAAAAAGCCGCCAAGGAUUCCGUCGCCCGUGUUUCAGUCGCUAUCCCGGAAAAAACACCCAUCCACAUCCAAUUUGUCAUGCAAAACAUACAUAAGAUCCUGUGUUUGUCAUGCAAAAAAUGGAUGUGGAUGGGUUUUUUUCUGUGGAUAGUCGCAGACCGUACCGCAUUCCUCCGCGGAGGCGGGGCGAUUCGAGUAUCCGCCGCCCUACUUGCUCGGCAUGGAGACUAUCAAGCAUCCGCUGGUACACUUCAAAUGAGCGUGAGGAUAUACGAUAAUAAAUAGUAAUACUGACAACAGCACCAGAAAACGAAACUAGUAGGAGGUACGAGCUGUGCUAAGUCGUCGCUCGUCUACGUCGAUCAGGAAACAACUCAUCCCAAUAGUCAGUAACGAGUCAUAGUUUGAAAGUGAAAGAUCGCACCAUCUAGUAGGUGCUACAUGUACAUGCAGUCACUUCUUCGUUUAGAUUUGAAUUUCGUUUUUACUUUUUUGGCAUGGCGAUGUCAUGUCGAUGAUUAUCUGCUCAUGUAAUCGGUCUAGAAGUUAAACAAGUAGAGGUCAAGAUAACAAAUGUAGGAUUAAUAGAGCGAGCCAUCAGCUCUAACUUUGCGACAAGAGUGACAGAAAUGUACCACUUGGACUUCCAUCAUGCGAGGACUGGUGUCGUAGUGAAACCGUGAGCUGAAGAAAAUGAAAAAUCAGAGAGGAGUAAAUGCGUUUCUGUACACAGUAAAAAAAAGGAACUAAACAUCAAGAUCAACAC